GGUCAAUAAUUUGGUCACAUUGGUAAGUGCCAUUUUUUAAACGUCCAUUUUGGCCAAAAUCGGCAAGAGGACCGGAACAAGAAUUUUUAUUCAUUGAAAGACGGGAACUGCGAGAUGCCUGGAGUUACAGUUAAGGAUGUAGAUCAGCGGGUUCUGACCAAAUCUUUGGCAAUGUUUCUCAAAAAAUCGGGAAAAGUUGUAGUGCCUGAGCAGGCCGACUAUAUAAAAACUGCCAAGUUCAAAGAGGAUGGGCCUACCGACGCAGAUUGGUUCUACAUUCGCUGUGCCUCUAUCAUGAGGCACUUGUACCUCCGUAGUCCCUCCGGAGUUUCGGCCUUCACUAAGAUCUACGGAGGUCGCAAGCGCAACGGAGUUCAUCCGUCCAAGUACUGCCGCUCCUCGGUCGGCUGCAUUCGCAAGGCCCUUCAAGCCUUGGAAUCUGCUCGCUUCGUGGAGAAGCAUCCGGCUGGUGGUCGUAAGUUGACUGCGGUUGGCCAACGUGAUUUAGAUCGAAUUGCCAACCGGAUUGUUGCCAAACAGCGUGAAGCAAUCACCCAUCCUUCAGUAAUUAUCACUACAUAACAUGAAACUGAACGCCAUUUUAAAUCCUAACCUCACUUUCGCAAACAUUUUACUCAUAUACAAAAUUGAUGCUGCAUUUUAAUAAUACUUUAAACACUUUUGUAACUUCUAACAAGUUUAAAACAUCAUAACAAUUACACUUUCUAAUACCCUCGAACAUACAUUUGAACUUCACAUACAUUUUUCCACAACCUGUAACUAAAUCCUUAUAAUAUAAUAACACGUAACCCUGUUUACAAUUACAAUACAAAAAAUAAAGUUCAUGAUUUGACAAUUUA